AGCUGGGCCGGCCCUGUACUCAAUUAUUAUUUAUGGCAGACUUCAUGGCCUCUCAAUUUCAGUAAGCCAUCCAGAUCCAACUGCAAGGAAAGAAGCCAGUGUUAUACAAUUCUAAUCAUGGCUUCCAAUAAGCAGGUUGUGAAGGAGGUUUCUGGGUGGCUGACUGUUUUUGACGAUGGCAAGGUCAACCGCACAUGGACUGGACCACCAGAAGUGAAGUUCUUGAUGGAAACAGUCCCUCCCCAUGAAGAAUUUAUCGAUGGGGUCGCCACACGUGAUGUGCCAAUCGAUUUAACAUCCGGACUGCGGGUCCGGAUUUACAUCCCAGAAAAAAGUCCUGAUAUUCCAGAUAAGGAUAAGCUACCCCUUAUUCUUCAUUUCCAUGGUGGUGGCUUUUGCAUUAGCCAAGCUGAUUGGUACCUUUACUACCACUUCUACACACGGCUGGUGCGCUCGGUUAGAGCUGUUUGUGUUUCAGUCUACCUGCGUCUCGCUCCUGAGUAUCGGCUUCCAUCAGCUUGCGAAGACGCUUACUCGGCUUAUCUAUGGCUGUGUGCUGUCGCUCGAGGUGAGUUAUCUGAGCCCUGGCUUGAAAGUUAUGUCGAUUUUGGACAUGUCUUCCUUGUUGGGGACAGUACUGGUGGGAAUCUUGUGCACCAAGUUGCUGCACGGGCCGGCGCAUUUAUUGAGACAAAUCCAGUGCGGUUGGCCGGUGGUGUUGCCAUACAUCCAGGAUUUAUUCGAGCUGAGGCGAGUCAGUCGUUUUCGGAUAUACCCGAUUCACCAAUGCUAACUCGUGAUAUGGUGAAUAAGUUCAUAGCCUUGGCAUUGCCUCUCGGGAGCACUAAAGACCAUCCAAUUACUUGCCCAAUGGGUCCACUGGCACCGCCACUGGCAGGGCUUAAGCUGCCGCCGAUGCUGGUUGUUGUAGCGGAGAAUGACCUGCUUCGUGAUACUGAAUUGGAGUACGUUGAAGCCAUGAAAAAGGCAGGGAAAGAAGUGGAAGUUUUGUUUGAACCAGAAAUGGGUCAUAGCUACUACUUGAACAAACUUGCCAUUGACGUUGAUCCGAAGACAGCCGAUCAGGUUGAUCAUCUAAUCAAAGAGAUCAUGAACUUCAUCAACAGACAUUGAGGGUAUCAAUAUGGAUCAAAAGGGUUUGUAAGUGGGUGUAGUCGUUCAUCUCAAGUUGUCUUUUCACUGAUAAAAAAAACAAUAAUCGAGUAAGCUUUCCCUGAUUUUUGAUAAAAACGCUCUAGCCCGAUCGGCAUAAUUCAACUCCUCUCGUCCUUUACUUUCUUCCAUAUACCUCAUAAUUCAUGUAAGUUUAAGUUGCAAAUGAUUUGCAUCCAUGGAUUAAAAGAGGUUUUCCAAUUUCAAGACCAAAUCAUGACUGGUGAUAUUAUAAAUAAGCCGCAGAUCCAUUGCCAAAUCUCCAUUCAUUUGUCUCGCACCAAAAAUUUAGAGGAGAGAG